AUGGCGUCGAAGUCGAUCAUCGACCUCGAGAAAUGCAUCGAUAAAGAAGUCCGCGUGAAAUUCCAGGGCGGCCGCGAAGUGCGCGGCGUCCUCAAGGGCUUCGACCAGCUCGUGAACAUCGUCCUCGACAACUGCGUCGAGUCCAUGCACGGCGCGUCCGCCCGCGCCCACCCCGACGACCCGUACCGCCUCACGGACAAGACGCGGAAGCUCGGCCUCGUCGUCUGCCGAGGGCUCCAGGUGAGCCUCGUGUCGCCCGUCGACGGCAUGGAGGAGAUCGCGAACCCGUUCAUCCAGCACUCCGAGAUCUAG